AAAGGAAAAAAAGCCCGGUGUUCUUUGGGUUCAGGAUUUUUUUUUUCUUUAUCUUUUUAUCAAUUAGUUUAGGUUUAGGUUUAGGUUUAGGUUUAGGUUUAGUUUCUAUAUAUAAAUAAUUUUAUUGUAUCCACAACAUGCAAUGCAACACAUCUACAAGCCAAUAUUUUUAGAUGUAAUUUUCAUCUUUUUUUCUUUUCAUGAGUUGAAGUUUUGCUCCUAUUAGUCUGUUAGAGUCUUUGAAAAAAGAUAUUUCAUAUCCCACAAAAUAAUCUAGAUUUAUGGUUCUACUUAGUCCAGUUUGGUGCUGAAUAAGUUUUAAGUUGAACCAUGUAUCGAAAUUAUUAACUUUCUUUGUUUUCAGAUAUCAUGGUUGGUCAAAGUUGAGAAAUUGAUGUGUUACUACUUUAAUUCAUCUCAAGCUUUUAUAGCUUUAUCAUAAGAAUAUAUGAUUAUGGUGUCAUUACAAAUCCAGUUUGUCUAGAAUUCUUUUUGGUUUAUUUUUUAGAUUUCAUUCUAUAGCCUAAUAAAAAAAUUACAUAAAAUUAUUUAGAGUUUUUUUGCUUGGGUUACAAGUUAUUAGGAUAUUCACGGAGAAGCAUAAACCCUAGACGUGAAUAAAAGAUGGUGAAAGCAUAUCUUCGGUAUGAGCCGGCAGCAUGUUUUGGGGUUAUAGUUUCGGGUGAAUCAAACAUAGCCUUUGACAAGUUUGGUGAACACUUGAUAGUGCCGGCUUUAGAUAAAAUUUGCAUAUGGCAUACAAGAUGGGGUGAGUGUUCCAAAACUCUAGUUCGAUCAUACUCAAAACCUUCUCUUGCCGUUGUGACAUGCAUUGCUUCUUCUCCUUCUGAGUCCUCAUCUCAGAUAGCAAGUGGUUAUGCUGAAGGAAGCAUUAGGAUCUGGGAUUUUGAGAAAGGGAUAUGUGACACAACACUGAAUGGGCAUAGACGGGCUGUGACUGCCCUACAAUACAAUAAGCCUGGAUCAUUACUAGCUUCAGGAGGCAAAGAUAAUGAUGUUAUUUUAUGGGAUGUGGUGGGUGAGACUGGCCUGUUUCGCCUUCGAGGACAUCGUGAUCAGGUUACUGAUCUUGUGUUCUUAGAUUCAGGAAGAAAACUGGUAACGGCUUCUAAGGACAAAUUUUUGAGGGUAUGGGAUCUUGAUAUUCAACACUGCAUGCAGAUUAUAAGUGGCCAUCAUACUGAAAUAUGGUCCAUAGAUAUUGACCCUGAGGAACGAUAUCUGGUCACAGGUUCUGCUGACCCUGAGCUUCGUUUUUAUACUGUAAAGCAUGAUUUAGCUGAUGGACAAUUGAUUGCUAACAAAAGCGAAAAAGAUGUAAAUAAGGAGUUGGCUACUGAAAACAAAUGGGAAGUACUGAAGUUAUUUGGUGAAAUUCAGCGCCAAAGCAAUGAUAGAGUUGCAACAGUGAGGUUUAACACGACUGGAAACCUGCUGGCUUGUCAAGUUGCAGGGAAGAUGGUGGAAGUAUUCUGUGUGCUGAAUGAGUCUGAAUCCAAACGCAAAGCGAAAAGAAGAAUCAGUAGAAAGAAGAAGAAGAAAGUUGCCAAAGAAGGCAGAGCUGAAGGAGGCACCAAUCCUGUUGUUACAGCUGCGGAUAUCUUCAAGCUUUAUCAGACUCUACGGGCUGGAAAGAAGAUCUCCUCAAUUUCUUUCUUCCCAUCCCAAGCUACUUCACAGAAUCCAGUGUCUACCUUAGCUUUGUCUUUGAACAAUAAUUUAUUGGAAUUUCAUGAUAUAGGAAGCAGUUCAAGUACCACAUUGAAUCCUAAAUUGCAUCCUAUUGAACUUCAGGGGCAUCGUGCUGAUAUCAGAAGUGUUACUCUCAGCUCAAAUAACACUCGUUUGAUGUCGACUAGUCACAAUGCAAUAAAAAUAUGGAACCCUACUACUCUUUCUUGCCUCCACACAAUUAAGUCAGGAUAUGGUCUCUGUGGACUGUUUCUUCCAGGUAACAAUUAUGCGGUCAUUGGUACAAAGGGUGGGACCUUGGAAUUUAUUGAUGUUAAUAAUGGUAAAUGUGUGGAAGUAGUGGAAGCCCAUGGCGGUUCUGUUCACUCAAUUGCUUUAACUCCAGAUAGGACAGGUUUUCUCACUGGCAGUGCCGAUCACGACAUUAAAUUCUGGGAAUUUCAAAUUGUGCAAAAGGCUGGUGAAGACUCUAAGCAUUUAACUGCAUCUCCUACAAGGAGCUUAAAAAUGAAUGAUGAUGUUCUAGCCAUUGCUGUGAGCCUUGAUGGUAAAUUUAUCGUUGUUGCCUUGUUGGAUAGCACAAUAAAGGUCUUCUAUAUGGAUUCACUCAAGUCCACUUUUUCACUCUACGGUCAUAAGCUGCCUGUAUUGUGUGUGGAUAUUUCUUCAGAUGUGGCUCUGCUUGUAAGUGGCUCUGCGGACAAAAAUGUGAAAAUUUGGGAUCUAGGUCACGGAUAUUGUCUCAAGUCACUUUUCGCGCAUGCCGACAGUGUAACGGGAGUUAAGUUUGUGCCCAACACACAUUACUUUUUUACUGUGGGAAAAGAUUGCCUGGUGAAGUACUGGGAUGCUGACAAGUUUGAGUUGCUUUUAACCCUCGAAGGUCACCAUGCUGAAGUUUGGUGUCUUGCUAUGAGCAGCCGUGGUGAUUUUAUUGUUACAGGAUCACAUGAUCGUUCCUUACGUCGUUGGGAUCGUACUGAAGAACCAUUUUUUAUUGAGGAAGAGAAAGAAAAGAGAUUGGAAGAGAUGUUUGAAUCAAACAUUAACAACGCAUUUGAGAAUACGUAUGAAUCUAAGGAAGAACCUCCAGAGGAGGGAGCUGUGGCAUUAGAGGGGAAAAAGACUCUAGAAACUCUUACUGCAACCGAUGUCAUCAUUGAAGCACUGGACAUGGCUGAUGCUGAACUGAAGCGUGUUGCUGAACAUCAGGAUGACAAAUCAAAGGGCAGAGUUUCAGAAUUCAGACCGAAUAUUCUCAUGCUUGGGCUUUCUCCUUCAGAUUAUGUUCUUCAGGCAUUUUCUAGUGUUCGUACUAAUGAUAUGGAACAAGCUUUGCUGGCUUUACCCUUUUCUGAUGCUCUGAAGCUCCUGUCAUACCUGGAGAAUUGGGCCUCUGUACCAGAUAAGGUGGAGCUUGCUUGUAAGGUUGCAACAAUAAUAAUGCAAUAUCAUCAUCACCAGCUGAUUUCAACGGUCUCCGCCAAACACCUAGUCACCCGUCUAAGAGACAUUCUUCAUCGUAAUAUUAAGGAAUUUAAAGAUCUCAUUGGUUACAACCUUGAAGCAAUGCGUCAUUCCUUGCAAUUGAUAUCUCAGCGGUCAGGUGCUUUCUCUCUAGAUGUAAAGACAGAGACUGGAUUAUGGAAGAUGCGCUCAGACAAUGUAAAACGUAUUGAAGCAAGAGCAGCCACAAAUCAAGAAAAGGAGAGAAAGAAGAAGAAACAGAAGUCGGACGGAGGACAUGUUUGGUCUUGAGAAAGAAGAGAACACAUUAGUGACUUGCGGAAAUGAACGAUCCCAUUAGAUGCAUUUCAGAGAUGUUUUUUAGUUUUAAAAGUUUAGGAUAGUGAUGUAUAAAAAGGGUUUGAGGGGACAUUUUUGUUAUUUCAACCAUUUUAUCCCAGAAUCAUUACUCCUUCUAGAGGCCGGGAUACCAACAACAAAUAUCAGGUAACUUUGUCCACAAAUGAGAAGAAUCGUCUAAUAUUUUUUCGUCUGUCGAAUUUGUAUCUGACCUUAAUUUGAGCCCUUGUUAAA